AUGUCGACAAAGGAAAAUCGCGCUGCUACUGGUGGUCGCAAACGUGCGCUUGAUGCUGUCCACAAUGACGCCUCCGCUUCACAGGGCUCUUCCAGUAUGCCCACAAAGCGUGCAUCGAAGCGAAAGAGGAUCACAAACGCAAAUGAGCAUGCGGGGGAGGAGGACAAGGCUGGAGAGAACACCACUGAGAAGACAAAGUCCUCUGACCCACAGAUAACCCCGUCUCGAGCCGACGAUGCACGACGAGAUGUGGAUGAUAAUUCCUAG